AUGUCUGCACAAAUCGACAUCGCGGCCACGAGAGCCAAGUUCCCUGCCCUCGGCCAGGACCAAGUCUUCUUUGAUAACGCCGGUGGAAGUCAGACUCUUGGGACUGUCAUAGACUCGAUCCGCGACUAUCUCUCUCAGACCAAUGUUCAGCUGGGAGCCUCAUACAAAGUUGGCCAGCGCUCCACUGCUCUCUACGGUGACGGCUACCAGGCCGGGGCCAAAUACAUUAGUGCAUCCCCCGAUGAAAUUGUCUUCGGCGCUUCGACCACUCAGCUGUUCAGGAACCUCUCUCACACCUUUUCCUUCAGCAAAGGCGAUGAGAUCGUCGUCUCCGGAGUUGAUCACGAGGCCAACAUUGCAUCCUGGGUCGACCUCGCCGCCCACCAGGAUCUGGUUCUCAAGUGGUGGAAGCCAGACAACUCGCCCAACCCCAAGCUCACUGUUGACAACCUCAAGCCUCUGCUCUCAGACAAGACUCGCCUGGUAACCUGCACCCAUGCGAGCAACAUUCUCGGCACAAUCCACGAUGUGGGGGCCAUCGCAUCCUUGGUCCACGAAAGCACGCCAAGGGGUCUCGUCUGCGUCGACGGCGUGGCGUAUGCUCCGCACCGGCCCAUUGAUGUCAAGGCCCUCGGUGUUGACUUUUACGCCUUCUCCUGGUACAAGGUCUACGGCCCGCACACGGCCAUGUUGUACGCCAGUCGCAAGGCGCAGAAUACCCACAUGCGGUCGUUGGGACACUUCUUCAACCAGGGCGAUACGCUCGAGGGCAAGCUAGGUUUGGCGGGUGGCAGCUACGAGCUGGUUUCCGCCGUGCCGAAGGUUCUAGAGUAUCUCGGUACGCCGAAGUCGGACGGCUGGAAGGGGAAGAUUGAGCAGGAAAGGCAGCUUCAGUCGACCCUCCUAGAGUAUCUCAACGGCCGGGGGGAUGUCACCAUCUAUGGCGAGUCAGAUGCAGGUAUCGAGCGCCGCGUCCCAACGAUCAGCUUCAGAGUGAAGAACUGGGGCGCGCGAGAGUUGGUCGAGACCGUCGAGAAGGAAACAGACUUUGGAUUCAGAUGGGGCCACUUCUACUCUUAUCGUCUAUUGAAAGAUGUGCUUGGUCUAGAUCCAUCGGAUGGUAUCGUCAGGGUCAGUAUGGUCCAUUACAACAGCUUGGAAGAAAUCAAGAGCUUCGUUGCCGCCUUGGACAAAGCGCUGGCGCAAAAGAAGUGA